AUGCUCAGUGGCUGGGCAGGUGGGGCCGCCGCGGGCCGCCGGGUCCGGCGGGAGCCGAGGGGCGGGGGCAGAGGGGGAAGUGGGCGGGAGCCGCGGGCCGAGUCUGGAGGAUCGCCGGCUGCCGCAGGGCGCUGGGCAGGUGUGAGCCCACGCGGGCCGGGCUGGGCCGGCAUGAGCAAUGGCAUCGGUCAAGGUGGCCGUGAGAGUCCGGCCCAUGAAUCGCAGGGAAAAGGACUUGGAAGCCAAAUUCAUCAUUCAAAUGGAGAAAAGCAAAACAACAAUCACAAACUUGAAGAUACCGGAAGGAGGGACUGGAGACUCAGGAAGAGAACGGACCAAGACCUUCACCUAUGACUUUUCUUUUUAUUCUGCUGAUACAGAAAGUCCAGAUUAUGUUUCACAAGAAAUGGUUUUCAAAACCCUUGGCACAGAUGUCGUGAAGUCUGCGUUUGAAGGUUAUAACGCUUGUGUUUUCGCCUAUGGUCAGACUGGAUCAGGAAAGUCGUACACUAUGAUGGGAGAUUCUGGUGAUUCUGGCUUAAUACCUCGGAUCUGCGAAGGGCUCUUCAGUGGGAUCAAUGAAACUACCAGAUGGGAUGAAGCAUCUUUCCGAACUGAAGUCAGCUACUUAGAAAUUUAUAAUGAACGGGUGAGAGAUCUGCUGCGACGGAAGUCAUCCAAAACCUUCAACUUGAGAGUCCGAGAGCAUCCAAAAGAAGGGCCUUAUGUUGAGGAUUUAUCCAAACAUUUAGUACAGAAUUACAGUGACGUCGAAGAGCUUAUGGAUGCAGGAAACAUCAAUCGGACCACAGCAGCCACGGGAAUGAAUGACGUCAGCAGCAGGUCCCACGCCAUCUUCACCAUCAAGUUCACGCAGGCAAAAUUUGAUUCUGAAAUGCCGUGUGAAACCGUGAGUAAGAUCCACCUGGUCGAUCUUGCCGGCAGCGAGCGGGCGGAUGCCACUGGUGCCACUGGGGUCCGGCUGAAGGAGGGGGGGAAUAUCAACAAGUCCCUCGUGACUCUGGGGAAUGUCAUUUCUGCCUUAGCUGAUUUAUCUCAGGAUGCAGCAAACCCUCUUGUAAAGAAGAAGCAAGUGUUUGUGCCUUACAGGGAUUCUGUUUUGACUUGGUUGUUAAAAGAUAGCCUUGGAGGAAACUCUAAAACUAUCAUGAUUGCCACCAUUUCACCUGCUGAUGUCAAUUAUGGAGAAACCCUAAGUACUCUUCGCUAUGCAAAUAGAGCCAAAAACAUCAUCAACAAGCCCACUAUUAACGAGGAUGCCAACGUCAAGCUCAUCCGUGAGCUGCGAGCUGAAAUAGCCAGGCUGAAAAUGCUGCUUGCUCAAGGGAAUCAGAUUGCCCUCUUAGACUCGCCCACAGCCUUAAGCAUGGAGGAAAAACUUCAGCAGAAUGAAGCAAGAGUUCAAGAAUUGACCAAGGAAUGGACAAAUAAGUGGAACGAAACUCAAAACAUUUUAAAAGAACAGACUCUCGCCCUGAGGAAGGAAGGGAUUGGCGUUGUCUUGGAUUCCGAGCUGCCCCACUUAAUUGGCAUCGAUGACGACCUUCUGAGUACUGGAAUCAUCUUAUAUCACCUGAAGGAAGGUCAGACAUAUGUUGGCAGAGAAGAUGCUUCAACAGAACAAGAUAUUGUUCUUCACGGCCUUGACUUGGAGAGUGAGCACUGCAUCUUUGAAAAUGUCGGGGGGACAGUGACUCUGAUCCCCCUGAAUGGGGCCCAGUGCUCUGUGAAUGGUGUUCAGAUCAUGGAGGCCACACACCUCAAUCAAGGUGCGGUAAUACUCUUGGGAAGAACCAACAUGUUCCGCUUUAACCAUCCGAAGGAGGCUGCCAAGCUCAGGGAGAAGAGGAAGAGUGGCCUCCUGUCCUCGCUCAGCCUGUCCAUGACUGACCUCUCCAAGUCCUGUGAGAACCUCUCCGCCGUCAUGCUCUACAACCCAGGACUUGAAUUUGAGCGGCAGCAGCGGGAAGAACUUGAGAAAUUAGAGAGUAAAAGAAAACUCAUAGAGGAGAUGGAGGAAAAGCAAAAGUCUGAUAAGGCGGCGCUGGAGCGGAUGCAACAGGAGGUGGAGACGCAGCGCAAGGAAACUGAGAUCGUCCAGCUCCAGAUCCGCCGGCAGGAGGAGAGCCUCAAACGCCGUAGCUUCCACCUAGAGAGCAAGCUUAAGGACCUGCUCGCUGAGAAGGAGCGGUUCGAGGAGGAGAGGCUGAGGGAGCAGCAGGAAAUCGAGUUACAGAAGAAGAAGCAGGAAGAGGAGAGCUUUCUCCGCGUCCAGGAAGAGCUCCAGCGGCUGCAAGAACUCAAUAGCCACGAGAAGGCGGAAAAGGAUCAGAUAUUUCGAGAGCUGGACCAGCUCAAAAGGGAGAAGGAGGAGCAGUACGCCAAGCUAGAGCUGGAGAAGCAGCGGCUGGAGGAGCAGGAGAAGGAGCAGGUCCUGCUCGUGGCUCACCUGGAGGAGCAGCUCCGGGAGAAGCAGGAGAUGAUCCCACCGCUGCGGCACGGGGAGGUGCAGCGCGCGGAGGAGGAGCGGCAGGACCUGGAGAGCAUCCGCGCAUCGCUUCUGCGGGCCAAGGAGGCCCGCGCUGAGGGGGACAAUGACGACGGCCAGGAGCUAGAACGGGCUCAGCUGCGUUUCUUGGAGUUCAAGCGAAGGCAGCUGGCCACGCUGGCUAACCUGGAGAAGGACCUGGUUCAGCAGAAGGACCUCCUGAAGAGAGAGGUCGAGGAAGAACAGGAAACACUGGCGCGCUUGAAAUCUGGCAACGAAGAAUUUGGGUGGUUGGGACAAAAUGAUGGCGGUGUCACAGAGGCCCCCCAGAUGGCGGGAGAUGUAGAGAAAAUCAAGCCAGUGGAGUGCAGGCUGCAGUACAAGGAGCGCCAGCUCCGAUGCCUCUUGCAGCAUCAUUUGCCGAUGCUGUUGGAGGAGAAGCAGAGAGCCUGUGAAAUCCUCGACCGGGGGCCCCUGGGCCUAGACAACACUCUUUAUCAAGUGGAGAAGGAGAUGGAAGAGAAAGAAGAACAGCUGGCCCAGUACCAGGCCAGUGCCAACCAGCUGCAAAAGUUACAGGCCACUUUCGAGUUCACAGCCAACGUAGCCCGGCAGGAGGAGAAGGUGAGGCGGAAGGAAAAGGAGAUUCUGGAAUCCCGGGAGAAGCAGCAGAGGGAGGCGCUGGAGCGGGCUGUGGCCCAGCUGGAGAGGAGGCACUCGGCCCUGCAGAGGCGAUGCGCCCGGGGCCUGGGGCCAGAGGAACAGAGGCAGAAGCCGGCCAGCCUGAGCGGGGGUGAAGGAGCAGAGCAGUUGGGACUCUGGGCCAGCCUAGGGGCUGAGCAGGAAGCCCUGGAGAAGGACCAGGAGAGGUUAGAACAUGAAAUCCAGCAGUUGAAGCAGAAGAUCUGUGAGGUCGAUGGUAUUCAAAAAGGGCAUCACGGGACCUCAGAAGGAAAGUCUGCAUCUUCUAGCUUGGUAUCCAGUGUUGAAAAUUCUCCCCUGGUCCCUCUGAUGGACGCCAGGAUCAGUGCUUACAUUGAAGAAGAAGUCCAGAGGCGUCUUCAGGACUUGCGUUGUGCAGUUGGCAAUGGCACCAGCGCACCUGCAGAGACAGCAAAGGGUAACGAGAAACUUCACAAUGGCACCAUUCAACGUAAGCUAAAAUAUGAGAAAAGCUCUCCUGCCCUGUUGCUGCCCAAAGAAGUCACUGACGCCCCCGAUGGAGAGGAGAGGAGGAGAGUGAACCAGAACCACUCCCAGAGCCGUUCCAUGACGUGGAGCAUCCCAGGCCCCAUGGCCCCCUCCUCAGCACCAGGCUGGGGAGCCUGCCAGCAUCAGGCGGGGUCUCAGGCCUUGGAGCACGAGCUGUCACUUAACAGCCACAGCAGAUGCAGUCCUGACUAUAAGACAGGCAGUUUCCAACCAGAAUGUUUCCAUCUACCUAAAAUCUCUUUGCUUAACAAAAGCAUCCCCAGAGGGGCAGAACAUUUUCAGGGAGAGUCGGAAAAUGCCAGUGAGCCGACACCUCGCCAAGGCGAACACAGCCUGGGGAUCACGUCCAGCUGGACUUGGCUGCAAUGUGCAUCCCAGAAAGUGUCUAUGAACAGUGGGAGCUCGCAGACCAGGCAGAGCCAGCUACUCUGCCUCGUUCUCUUGGAAAGCAUUUCUGCAGGAACAGUGGCCUCGAAGCUCUGCCCUGAGCAGAAAGCCCAGAAAGAGUCAGAGACUGAAGCAGUUCACUCUCCAGAGUCAUCGAUGACGGCCGGAACAGAGGGAUGCAGUGGGUUGGGAUAUUUUUACCAGCAGGUCUCAGACUUUUACAGAGACACCAGCACCCUACUGCUACAGGCUGGCACAAAGGCCAUCAGCAAGGCCAGGCACGUGGGGGUCCUGUGUGACCCCGGUGGGCUCACCUCCCAAGCUGCAACCUUCAUCAGGAGGCUGCCGUUCCUGAAACUCUUACCCCUGGACACGCUCUUGGAGACACAAGAAGUGUCAGCUGAUGCUCAUUCUUGCCCCAAAGAAGCCCACGUUGGUGACCGCAGGGAACAGCCUGGGGCCAGGGGGCAGGCGGGGAGCCUGGUGCCCUAUGGAGCCUUGGGCCUGCCUCCUGCCCCAGCAGCUGCCAAGUUUCCAGGCUCCUGCCCAGGCUCAGUUUUCUGCCUCGAACUGGAAGGUGCCAAAAGCCCUGUGUUUAAGCAGACCCUCGUGCAGUUCCCAGACAAAAUGCUGAAACUUCAGGAGUGCCCCUUAAAGGACUUCCUGGAGCUGGUGGCCAGUUCCCUCCCAGAACUUUGCAGUGACACAAGUGAGGUUCAAGGCGUCUACUGGCUUGCUGUCUCCACCUGUGCGGGACCUUCCCCUCAGGCUGCCUGUUUGCUGCUGCUCCGCUCAGCCCUGUACGCGCUGGUUCUGUCUGGGGAUCCACUGGCCUCCAUGGUCGUUUUUCAUGCUCUACCCCUUGCUGAGUUACAGGAGAUUCAGAUCGGCUUUGCGGGGCAGAGUUUACGACUUCUGGGCUCUUCAGAGAGUCUUCUGCUCACCGUCUUUAGUUACAACAAAAACCUCUGUCAGCAGAUAUGCCAGGACCUCCUGUGUGUGCUGUUGUCUGCAUCCCAGUCCUCCGUGUACACCAACCAUCCUUUGCUCCAACAAGACCUGGUCCAGCUUUCUCUCAACUGGCAGGCAGAUGUCCCUGACUUAGUCUUGGCAAACAGAGUUCGGUUGUCCUCCAAAUUCCAGAGCACCUUGGUGGACCUGAUCUACUAUGUUCAUGGAAAUCUGGACGCUGACGCCCCCUCUCUGGCAGAGGCCCGACUCUUGCUCUACACAACGGUCAGAGUGGAGGGUGACUCUGGCCAAGGCCACUGCCAGUCGCUGGCCCUUCUAAACACGCACAUUGCCCUGGUCAGGGAAGACUGCGUGUUCUACCCUCGGAGCCACUCUCUGAGCUCACCACCUCCAGGAACACGGUUUGACAUGGUCACAUGCCGCGCUUUGAGGGAAUUCCGGUGCCUUGUUGUUCCAGACCCAAACUCAUCCACCAUUGAACUCAUCUUCUCCCAAAGACCCAGACACCCAUCAGAUUCCAGAAGUGCUCCCUCCAAGCACUCUUGGGAAGCCCAGAAUGUUCUGCCCCGCGCCAGCACACUGUGUCCAGGGGGUGGCCAGAAUGUGGCUCCCGAGGUCUGGAAACUGACCUUCAACUCUCAGGAUGAGGCACUCUGGCUGAUCUCACACUUGACAAGGCUCUAGGGAGGUGCCUUGUAAAAAUACUCUGUAUGUUUUUUGAGCUCUUUCAUUAAACAUGAUGAAAACCA